GGGAGACUCCUGCUGGCGCGUGCUGAAAUUGGUGGAAAACUUGGCAAAGAAUACCUAUGGGCCGAUAACACCAUGGACCACAGCGCUACUUGUCAGUAUAUUCCGGAUGAAGUGAAAGCGUUGCAAGGAACUGAGUAUGUCAGCUGAUGUGUUAAAGGAUUAAAAAGUACCCUGCCGUUUUUUCCCUUUUUUCUCUUUUUUUAAACCCCGUUUUCCUCACAGACAACUAGAGACGAUGAGAUGUAUUGUACAUCGAUCAGCCACCUCAUUAACUACAUAACUGCAGGGAGCAUACACCAAAGAUUUAGAACACUGGGUGAUGCCAGUGAUCCAGAAACCAGCAGCCAAAAUGUUCUUUGAAAAUGCCAACCUGCAGCAACAAGGUCGCCACCAUGAAUUCUUUCUGCGCAGUAGACCCUACAGGGGCGAACCACCAACAGUGGCAGGAUUCCUCCUCUACCCGGACACACCUGCUAAGAUGGAGACCACAUCACGAGAGGCUUUCUGCUUCAGGCCCAUCCCAGACCAAGAUCCAGGCAAAGCAGGCCGUAACACACAACAGGAAUCUCACCAUUCUCCUCCCGCAUCCUCAAGAAAAACAGGAAGAGGAAACAGACGCGAGGACAGAGAAGUGAGAGGGAAUGAGCAAGAAGGCAACCGUGAUCACACGUCAGCAGCAGCAAAAAACGAACAGGAAACAGCCCAGAUGCAGUCUCAGUAUCAGAAAGACUUCCCUCCCCCAUCCUCCUGCCACAGGAGGCGGACACCUGCUUUCCCGCAGCCUGACAACAUUGGCAUCAACCCUGCGUUCAGGAUCAACUUCAGCACGGUCCAAAGAGAGACUUACCCAGGCUGGCCUAUCGUGAAUGCCGGGUACGGUGGAAGGCAAAGACCAGCCAAGCAUGACUUCUAAGCGGUAGUGGAAAUCAUCUUGCAUGUUUGCACACAUGCAUAAUUAAUAUUAAAUGUCAAAGUCAUAUUUAACAAAUGCUUGAAAUUUGUCUUGUCCCAGCAUGUAUUCCCAAUAAUCAUACAGUAAUAAACACAAACCAGUGGAAAAAAGCCUCAGUUUUCAGUGUGUUUGACAUAUAUGUGUUUGCACUAACUUCACUGUCUCUUCUUAUAAAUAACACUAUAAUUGACAGCUUACUACUCAGAACAUACUUGGAAAUAAAAGUCAGUUCUACCUCUUGUUUUCUCUGGUACAUUAGUCUUACAGGGAUAUACCUUUUAAUGAAGUAAGAGAUUCAUUUCCAGUCCUCUUUCAUAUUGAUGACUUCAGAAAUACUUGUGCACAGUUUAAGAAUCCACCCAGUGACCCAUAACCGAAAGCUGAUUGACCUCACUGGGCAGGACCGAGGAUCAGACGGCUGAGUAAGAGUAAGAGCUGAGUAAGCGUUUGAUUCAAAUUCCUGAGUUGCAUGUAUAUGCCUAAAGGAGUAAAUGUGUUUGAAUACUUCCCUCAAGUAUAAAUCUUGCACAACACAUCAUUAUCAGCUCUGAAAACAGGGGUCACAUGAGGCUACACUGGAAAACUACCCAACUUGGGAAAUCUUAAACGUGUUGCAACACUUUGACAUACAUUAACACCUUAGAUUUCAAAACAAUGAUGAAUUUUAUUGCUUAUGAUAUAAUCUGAUUUACAAUUUUAAAAAAAAAUGGGGCUGACAAUGUGCUCUUAAACUUAUGCUUUUUU